AUGAAACUUUUUCCCUUGGGUGGAAACGUGAAAAGUGAAAAUCUUUACCAUUGAAGUUAAUGGAGAAAUUUUCCACUUUUCACGUUUCCACCUUAGGGAAAGUUUCAUGUUCGAUCCCCUGAUUAACAACUUUUAUAUUUGUGUUAUUAAUGUUACUAUUAAUGCACUGAAUAUGAUCACAUUAAAGAUAGAAGUGUUUGCUGUUACAUGAUAUUUAUGUUAUAAAAUAAGGAUAUGGUAGCAAUUCAAACGCUCAUGAAAAUAGCAAGUGUGGGUGGAUUUAUAACAGCAAGUACAGGUUAUACGUUUCAUUAUCGUAUACAACAUGAUAUUAAAAAAAGUGAAACUUAUAAAGAUGUUAUGAAUAUCCUACAUGCACAUAAGAAAGCUGUGCCAUAUCUUGGAGAACCUAUAACAUUGGGCCGCAUCACUUAUGGUGAUGGACAUCGAACACUUGAACAUGAAGAUACAAAAGUUACACAAAAUUACAAAUGGUUUAAGGUUCCGCUUACAGGCGCCAAUACUAAAGCAAAGUUAUAUUAUGAAGUAACAUUGAAUUGUAAUCUUAAAAAUAAACUUGAGGUGUCUAAAAUUGAAAUUCUAUUUGAUAAUAUACCUGGAAAAACAUUUAUAAUAAGAUAAUAUGAAAUGAUUAAAAUGUUAAUAAAUUUGUA